AUGCACUGCACUGCACAAAAGACUCUUGGGAACUUGGGCUUUGAGGCCGUCUCUGCCGUUUCUUCCGUCAAAGUCCAAUCGCUAUGGUGCCCGGCCUGCCACAUGCCGUUGCUUUCCUCGGCGCCUACGACGACUGAUCCAACAUUACGUAGUCUUGUUAGCCCUACACUCAUCAUCUACCUCCACUUUGCGAAUCUCUUUCCACUUUACUACCUUGAUCUCAUACUUGGUCUCAUUGUUUCUUCCCUCGGCACCCCCCUCCCCGCCAAAGGCCCAAAACACAUUCAGCCCAGCCAGGAAAGGGUGAAGGUGCUGGACAGUGGACCUGGCACCCUGCUCCUACCUUACCUGACCGAUACUCCAGCACAUUCUACAUUCCUCACAUUUCUUCGCUCCUCCAACCCGAACACUCCGUUCACCUCCAUUUUCUCCUUCUCCCAUCACCUCAGCUCGCUUUCUUUUCGAGGCUCUACUGAAUCAUCGUCCAUCCCAAAUCUACCUACCCAACUGUACCUCCGCCUACCAAAGCUCUGCCGAAGCCGUCUUCUACCCCAAUCCGUCUCACAAGCCGGCUCCAAACCAUCAAAAGAGUCAACUAGGCCCUCCUCCUCCUCAUAUCGUAAGGCACUGUCUCGAGACCUAAGCACGCGCAUUCUCAUCCCGUCCCUACACCUCAAUCACGACCCCCUCGCUUCCCCUCACUAUUCUCUGAACUCGCGACAACCGUACUUCAGCUUCGUCGCGCAUCUAUAA